UUUUAAAAAACGAAUGUUUCCAAAGCGGUUCAACAAUAAUAAAUGUGAUAAUAUUGUGAUAGUAAUAAAUACAUGAAAAUAUUAUUAGAUCAAAUAUAGUUUUAAAUAAUAAUGGCCAUUAUAUUCAGUGCUGUGGCUCGUGAUGAUAAUAUUUUAACAAAGUUUGCAUCGUGCGAAGGCAAUUUCACGGAAAUCAUGCAGCAAGUACUGUCCAAGAUCCCAUUUUGUAAUGACAAAAUGACAUAUUUACACGGUCACUAUUUAUUCCAUUACAUAGUAGUGGAUAAACAUUGCUACUUUUGUAUAACUGACAAAUUGUGUCAGCGAUCAAGAGCAUUCUUAUUCCUCAAUGAAAUACGAAGAAGGUUUGUUAACAAAGGCAAAGGAGAAUUCACUAGUAUUUUAGCAGAUGAGAUGUAUCGUUAUAGCUUAGAUUACAACACAAUUACAAUAAGAAAAGGAGAAAUCGACGAACUUAAUAAAAUUGGUGUUGAUAGCAGUGAAAGUUUACUUGGUGAGAAGAUAUUGCUCGUAAACAAUCCAGAUAAUUUAACAUUUAGCACUAUCACCUACGUUGGAAAAGCUCCACAAGAAAUAGUGGUCACCUUGAAAGAAUCCAAAAUGUGUUUCAUCAUUGUUGUGAUAAUAGUUUUAGCAUUAGGGAUAACAAUUUUCAUAUUUAGCCCUAAGUUCAGCAUAGCUCUUAUAAUCGUGCUACUAUUUUAUUUAUAUCAAUCUUUUUUAAAAACUUAAGAUGGAUUUUAUUUAAUCGUAUUAAUUGUAAACUAGAAGUCCUCUACUAUCUUGUGAAUAAACUUUAAACUUAAUCGUCGCAUAGUAAAAUAUAUUAAGAGUGAAAGUUCUAUAAUAUAUCUUGUCGAUAUUAUUAACUAACAUAGUAAAAAAUAUAAAAUAACUUACAUAAUAAAAAAUACGCUAAGAUUAAAAGUAAAGCGAUCUCUAUAUUCUUUUGAGUAGUUUUACAUUAUAAACAUAAGCAGAUUGAAAUUAUGUGAUCUGAAGUCUUACUUAUAGCUUUCCACCUACGGCUUUACAACAGUUGAAACUAAGGCUAUUUAUUAUUCGCGAUAAAAACUAUCUUGUCUUUUUUCAAAUCCUUUAUUAUCAAAUUUCUCCUAUCUAUUUAUCAAAUUUCAUUAAAAAUAGUUUAGGCGUGAAAACGUAACAGACACACAGAGAGACAUAGUCAGUUUUGCAAUUAUAAUAUUAGUGGGAGUCGCUAUUUAACCACAUAUUUUUGUCUAGAGAAGCCUCCAUACUAGUGGCGUUUCCUAAACGAUUUCUGUAUCAGAAUUCAUUCUAAUUGAUUAAUGGUUCGGUAAAUAUGAUAUAAGUACAGCUGGGCGUAAAGACAAAAGAGAUAACGAGACGUAAUCAACGACAUAGAAAGGGACAGGGGAUGGAAUAUUACAAUUCCGAAUAAUUUUUCAUUUUUCCAUUAAUCACUCGCAAAAGUCCGUAAAGCCAUAGGCUACAAAGGAACUCAUAUUUAUCAAUUGUCCUUACAAGAACAGUAUAAUAAUGAGAGUUGGGUAAACCUUUCAUUGGGUAAGCAUUUUAUGCAGAUCAGCUGAUCUGCUGAGUAGUCCGUUUUCGUUUGAUACGUUCAAGACUAGUGAAUGCAAUUCGCCAAAAGUGGCCGAGGUCUCGCGAGAUAUCGGUCAUUAUUAACAGAUUUAUAUCGGCCCAAAAAUGAGAUCUCGCCUUAACCCCAAUCUCGCAAGAUUGCAUUAUCUACUAUGUAAUGGAAAAGUGGUUAAUACUCACAUAAAACAGCUGUUUGUUAUGCGUCGUGUUCUGUAGCGUAUAGAAUAGUUUGUGGGCACCACGUGCCGCAGUCUGUGCACCGACCAGCGAUGAAAGCGCUAAUACUACGCUUUCAUUCAGCUGCUGCAGCGCUAGCGUCCGUGUGUGCUCUAAAAACGAAAUCUUUAUUAAUUUAAGAACUUUAUCAAGUGCUAAUCCUAUUUUUAUCAUGUAAAUACCUAUGUAGAUAAAUAUAUAGUGAUAGAAUAUUUAGCUGUAGAAAUACAAUUACCGGUCUUAUCACUGAAAGCAAUUUAUUUCAGGCAGCUUUGGGAUGGAGUAAAAGAUGGUGGAUUGUGACCAGCCCAAUGACCCCAAUGUUGGGGCACAGGCCUUCCCUAUACUUAGAAUCGAAUCAAAUCGAACAGGAAGAAUGGGCCAUUACCCACCACGCGGGCUCCGUGCUUUUUGGUAAGAGUUAACGACUGCAGAUACAGCCGGUACUAACAGCUUAACGUGCCUUCCCAAGCACGGAGGAACUCGAGAUAAUAUUUUUGGUCACUCAUCCUAAGACCGGCCCUUGCGAAAGUUGCUUAACAAAUGUAUCGCAGACUGAGCGCACUAACCAUUGCGCCACGAGUGGGCUAAAGGUACACACCUUUGUGUAAUUAAUAACUACCUAUAGAGAGAAUUAAGGGUGCAAUCAAUUAGUAACCAAAUUAGUAUCUGUUAAUUAAUUAAUUAAACAAUAUACCUAUGUAAAAAGC